AGAUUUUGAGCGACAGCCAUGGAGUACCGAAGUGAGCCGAAACCGGACGUUGAAUCACCCCGACAGGGCAGCAACAUGAUAGCACCCCAGGAAAACGACACCGGGUCCUCUUUUCUUGAAGGGGAGAGCGAAAAGCAUCUGCUCUGGAAAAUCGAUAUACAUAUUUUGCCGAUGGUUGUGCUUCUCUAUUUAUUUAGUUUUUUGGAUAGAGUGAACAUUGGCAAUGCUCGACUGUAUGGUCUGGAAGAAGACUUAGGCCUAGUUGGGAACCAGUACCAGGUCGCUGUGUCUAUCUUAUUUGUAACCUACUGUUUAUUUGAAGUACCAUCGAACCUGGUCCUCAAGAAACUUCGGCCGUCACGCUACAUUGCAUCGAUUUCGGUGAUUUGGGGUAUCAUAGCGACCCUAACAGGAAUCACCCAGAAUUAUGGAGGGCUGAUCGCGUGCCGUCUCCUCCUAGGUGUUGUGGAGGCCGGGCUAUUUCCCGGGCUUAUAACAUAUCUCACCCUGUUUUAUAGCAAGCGUGAGCUCGCUCUCCGGACCGGGUAUCUUUUUAGCAGUGCAGCAGCAGCCGGUGCAUUCGGCGGACUUCUAGCAUAUGCAAUUGGGUUCAUGGAUGGGAUCAGCGGACUUCGAGGCUGGCGGUGGAUUCUGAUACUGGAAGGUAUCCCAACCGUACUCCUAGGAGUGGUGGCGUGGUUCGUUCUAGCCGAUGAUCCUGACACAGCUUAUUACUUGAACGAAGAAGAGAAGGCCCUCGUGGUCCGCCGACGGAUGCGCUACGUGGGUCAAACGGCAUCUGCGCAGAAGUUCCACUGGGCAGAUGUCAAAGAGGGCGCACUUGAUUGGAGGAUCUGGGCGUUUUCCAUCGCUCAAUUCGGCAUCGAUACCAUGCUUUAUGGCUAUAGUACUUUCCUUCCCACUAUCAUCAAGGGCAUGGGUUCAUGGUCGACGCCCGAAGUACAGGCACUAACAAUUCCAUGCUAUGCACUUGGGGCGUUGGCCUAUCUGGUGACCGCUUGGGUCAGCGACCGAACUCAGCGCCGCGGUCUGUUCAUUUGUAUUUUCUGCGCAAUUUCCGUUGUCGGCUACGGAAUCCUGAUUUCUGAUACAUCCUCCGGGGUGCAUUACUUCGGCGCAUUGCUCAUCGCCCUGGGGCUGUAUGUGGCGGUCGGGUUGCCACUCGCAUGGCUUCCCACUACGCUUCCUCGCUAUGGCAAGCGUACCUUUGCUACAGGGUUGCAACUCACGUUUGGCAACAUUAGCGGUGUUAUGUCACCGUUCUUGUACAAAAAUAACGAAGCGCCUCGGUAUGUCCGGGGAAAUGCCGUGACAUUAGGCCUUGUGGGAUUUGCAGGAAUAGUGUAUGGACUCAUGUGGUUCUACUACCGCCAGAAGAACAUUCGCAGAGUCCAAGGCCUGGAGGACGAGAAGGUUGCGGGGAUGACCGAGGAAGAGAUUGAAGAACUGGGAGAUAAAAGUCCUCGAUUUAUUUAUAGUACUGUUUUCUUCUAUAACCGCAACCCCUCUGCUCCGGACAUUGGGUCACCUCAUUGCGCAAGCUGGAACGCGUGGUACAAUCCACUCCGAACAGGCCAGACCGGAUAUCAAGACAAUGAUUGGAACAUAGUCUACCACCUAGGCGGCAACGGGCCAUGGAUAGAGAAGACUGACGGCCUUGAAACACCGGGCCUUGAACCCCCAAAGGGGUGCGUUAUUGACCAGGUGCAUAUGAUGUCUCGUCACGGGGAAAGAUAUCCGACCAAAUCUGCUGGGAGUCGUCACCUUGCACUUCUGAAUCGAAUCAAAGAAGCAAACGUGGUUCUUAAUGGUUCACUAUCGUUCUUGAACGACUGGACAUAUUUUACCGAUGAGCCGCAGAAAGACUUUGACCAGCUGACCAGAACUAGUCCGUAUGCUGGCACACUUCAAGCUUUCUCAACAGGCGUUCGCUUCUUAACGCGAUACGGACAUUUGUUGCCACGCCAGGGGACGACAAGGCUGUGGGCAAGUGAGAGUGGCCGCGUGAUUGAAACAGCGCAACAUUUCGCUUCUGGAUUUUUCGGCCUGGAUUGGGAAAAAACUGAAAAGGCUACGUUGGAGAUCAUUCCCGAAACACUCGAGCGAGGCGCCGACACUCUGACGCCGGGCGAUUCAUGCCCAAAAUACAUCGAAGAUUCUGUGAAAGGACACGACAAUGGUGUCAAUAUGCUGGCUCUUUUCCAGGAUGUGUACAUUCCGGCCAUUGCCGAGCGACUAAUAAAUGACGAGCAAAAUCUGGCACUCGGAUACUUAACCAAUCUGGAGGUCUAUAGUAUGCAGGAGAUGUGCGGAUUCGAGACGAUCGCUCGCGGGUCAAGUCCUUGGUGCGAUAUAUUUACUCACGACGAUUGGGAGAAUUUCGAAUACGCCCGUGAUUUGAUUCACUACUACCGUGCUGGUCCAGGCAACCCAUACGCUGGGGCGAUGGGCUGGCUCUGGCUCAAUGCUACGACUGCUCUUUUACGAUCUGGGCCGGACGCUGGUACUAUGUUCUUCAGUUUCGUUCAUGAUGGGGAUAUCGCCCCCUUCCUCACAGCACUAGAUAUCAUGAGAGACCCAAAGUAUGAUCCGUUCUUACCGACCACACAUAGAGUGGCAGACCGCGUCUGGCGUACCUCGUCCGUGCUGCCAAUGGGCGGAAGAAUCGUUCUUGAGCGGUUGACUUGUCAAACCUCAUCGGCGAAGAACUCCAGUGGUGAAGAAGCCAUUCUUCGGGUUAAUAUAAAUGACAAAAUUGUACCACUGCCAUACUGCAAAUCUGGGCCCGGGCUGUCGUGUCCGUUGAAGGAGUUUGUUAAGCAUGUAGAAGGACGAAGAUCGGAUGUGGGAGAUUUUGGAGAAGUGUGCGGACUAGGAAACGAUGCUGGAUAUAUAAAAUUCUUACGACAGGGCUAGAGCAUCAUAUGCUGAGAUACCGUACCAAGAAAGAAAUCGGGGGAUUUUUUU